AUGACAUCCGCUUUUGCUCUUCAGUCCAAUACAAAAAUCUUGAAUCGUCCCCAAACUAGCUCCAAAGAAAGACGUUCACAAAUCCAUGGAGGAGAAUGCAUGAUACAUUCCCUAAGCAAACCCCCUCUCGACCCACCAGAUGUGAGAAGUAUUUAUCAAAAAGGAAACUUUUCUACGCCAGGAAAUUUCGAAGUACUACAAAUUUUGGGUAAAGGUUCAUAUGGCGUAGUGGUUUCUGCCCUCGACAAAAGAAACACAGACAAACCAUGUCGAUUGGCAAUAAAAAAAGUCACUAACAUUUUCCAGAGAGAGAUCCUACUCAAGAGGGCUAUUCGUGAGCUCAAAUUCCUUAAUUUCUUCCGCGGUCAUAAAAAUAUUGUUAGUUUGCUUGACCUCGAAAUUGUUUCUGAAAAACCGUUUGACGGCUUAUACUGCUAUCAAGAGCUUGUCGAUUACGAUCUGGCCCGUGUUAUCCAUUCCACUGUACAGUUUUCCGCCUUCCAUAUCAAACAUUUCCUAUAUCAGAUUUUGUGUGGGCUAAAAUACAUCCAUAGUGCUGAUGUUAUUCAUAGGGACUUAAAACCCGGAAACAUCCUCUGCUCCAUCAGUGGUCAUCUCAAAAUUUGUGACUUCGGCCUUGCCCGAGGGAUAUCGCCGCUUUUUUCUGAGAGUAGAGCUGGUGAUCUCCAUAUCACAAACUAUGUUGCGACUCGUUGGUAUAGAGCUCCUGAAUUGAUAUUGUCCCAUAAACGGUAUUCGAAAUCUAUUGACGUGUGGGCUGUUGGUUGUAUCCUGGUGGAGUUUUAUGGCAGAAAGCCAUUGUUUAUGGGUCAGGAUUCAUUGCAUCAAGUAUUCGAGAUUUUGAAAGUACUGGGAACGCCACCAAGGGACAUUAUCACCAAAUAUGGGUCUGCACGCUCAUUUGAAGUGUUUUCGUCGCAUGCAACCGUCACUAAAACUGAAUGGAGGUCUUUAUAUCCGGGAUCUUGCGCAGAAGCGCAAAAUCUAAUGGGACUUUUGCUUACAUGGGAUCCUGAAAGCCGAUUGAGUGUUGAGCAGAUUUUGGAUCAUCCAUUCAUUGCCGACGUGAGGGAUCCUGGCGAUGAGCCGGUUUGUUCUCAUGGCGCAUUUGACUAUUCUUACGAAAACAAGUUCACUUCCAUGCAAAUGCUGAGGGACACAAUCCACGAGGAAGUUCGUCUUUUCAAGCAAUCAACGCUUUCCCAAGAGUGCGGAUCAGUUGAUUGCACCUUCUAG